CGACAUCUGCCUUCGAACUCUCGCUUCACAUCUUCUAACUCUCAAUGGAAACCUCCAUUGCUUCCUCUCCCUCCAUUGGUAAAGAAGAAGUCUUGAGCCCAACAUAUGAGAGCAAUGUGCAUUUUGAUUGGGGAUUGGAAGAUUGUGCAAUGGAAAUGGAAGUUGACAAGGAAGAGGGAGCCAUCGAUGUUGCAGUUUCAGAGCCAAAAUCACAGCACGAGGGUGACACUUCAACAUUUGGUAGUCAUGUAGGACCCGCAACUAAUCCUACUCCCACUCCUACAAUAUAUGAUUAUACGGAGCAUUUCACAACGGACAAGGUAUUUUUGUCCGAGAAAGAAUUGGUAGAGUGGACAAGAUCUACGGGUAAACGAUACGGCUUUGUCAUUAUCAUUAAGGCCUCGGAGAAGUUUAUUAAGAAUCGCAAACCGAGGAUGAGGUUUUCAUGCGAAAGGAGCGGGAAGUAUAGGAAGUUUGUGAAGAAGUAUUUGGGGGAGGAGGUGGCUGUGAAGAAAAGGGCGACGCGUUCCACGGGCACAAAGAAAAUUGAAUGCCCAUUUCUAUUGAAAGGUGUAAAGGGCAAUGAUGGUUGGACUGUCUCUGUCCAUAAUGGCACUCACAAUCAUCCCCCAGCGGUGUACUUGGAGGGGCAUUCGUAUCCUGGAAGGUUGUCGGCGGAGCAAACUGCCACGUUGGUGGAUUUGUCAGUCGCUAUGGUUAAACCCAAACAAAUUCUAAGUCAAUUAAAGGGCAAUGAUCCUUCGAACGUCACGACAAUCAGACAUGUGUACAAUGCACGACAUAAGUACCGAGUGAUAGAGAAAGCCGGGAGAACUCAAAUGCAACAUCUAAUGGCUCGGCUACAACAUUUUAGCUAUGUGAAUUGGGAUCGUUCGAACAAGGAUGGGAAUGUCACAGACUUGUUUUGGGCUCCCCCUUGCGCUGGCGAGAUGUUACGUGCUUUCCCUCGAGUGUUAAUGAUGGAUUGCACGUACAAGACAAAUAGGUACAGGUUUCCAUUGCUGCAAAUUGUUGGCGUAACAUGUACGGAGUUGACUUUUAAUGUAGCCUUUGCUUUCAUUGAGUGUGAAAAGGAGGAAAACUACACUUGGGUGUUGGAGAAGUUAAAGGGAAUGAUGGAUGCUGAUGCACUUUCGGUUGUUAUAGUUACGGAUAGGGAGUUGGCGCUUAUGAAUGCCAUCAGAAGUGUUUUCCCUCAUGCUACCAAUCUCCUAUGUAGGUUUCAUAUCUCAAAGAACGUCUUAGCUAAGUGUAGGAAGAUGUUUGAUGACAAGACGUGGGAGGAGUUUAGUUGUAGCUGGGGCCUAGUUGUCCUUUCAGCGAGUGUUACACAGUAUGAGGAGCGCCUUCGUGCUUUGAAGCGUGAUUUUCAAAUGUUUCCUGCAGCACUUGAUUAUGUGGAGAAAAAUUGGUUAAUACCUUAUAAGGAGAGGUUUGUUGGAGCUUGGACAGAUAAAGUCAUGCAUUUUGGUAACCUAACAAGUAAUAGGGCGGAGAGUGCACAUGCUGCACUAAAACAUCAGCUAGAGCACUCCCAAUGUAACUUUGACAAUAUAUGGGAGAAAAUGCACCGACUUAUUUUGUUACAAGAAACUGAAGUCAAAGCUUCUAUGGAGAAGAGUCUUACUUCUAUCCCACAUGAAUUUAGGAGUCCUCUAUUUGAGAUUUUGAGGGGAGUUGUUUCGAAGAAUGGCAUGACACAUGUUCUGGCCGCGUCUCGUCAAGUGGAAUGGAUUGUGGAAUCGAACCAUGUGUGCGAAUGUGCUUUGAGGUACACCCAUGGUUUACCUUGCGCUCAUGAGAUUGCUCCUUGCAAGACGAAAAAUAUCCCCCUACCGCUUGAGUUAAUACACGACCAUCCUCUUCCGCCUGUGCAUCCGGCCUGGCCUCCUCCUGGACCUCCUCCGCCUGGAUUCAAAAAUUACCUUUUCAAGGAGUUGGGUUGGACGACGGAAGGGAUGCCACCGUGGUGGUGCUUGCUGAUGUGUAGCGGUGGUGGUUCGACAAUGGAGACAACAGAGGUAGUGAGGGAGAAGAACGGGGAGAAGGGGGAAGGGAAGUGA